GCACAUUGAGCCUGCAUAAGAUCGCACGGUUAUUGUGGUUUAUAAAAGCUUAAUAAAGUUUAAGUUAUUCAUAUUAUAUCACCAUGUUCAAGUUCUUUGUGUUUUUAAUAAUUUACGGAGCUAACAGAGUUCGUGCUGACAUGGCAGGGGAAUGCGACUUAGCGGCAUUCUAUUUAGAACUAGGCUGCACACCAUCCCUCCGGGCAGACAACUCCAGCAUCUGUCCAGAUUCCUUCACCUGCCCCGAUCUGCAUCCUGACCCUAAAUUCUGUUACUACAGAGGUAAGUCAUACAAAAAUGGUGAAGCAAUACCGCAGAAUGUCAUACUGAAUCCCUGUACAAUCGCUUGCGGUUGUUCCAUUGGUACUGUUCCAAGGUUCGAUUGUGCAGCUGUUGACUGUGUUGAAGCAAUGGACCCAGACAUGCAAAAACAGUGCGUUCUUACGUACGAGCUAGAUUCUUGUUGCAGUACUGGAAGUGUCUGUGGCAAAGAUGCAAUUGCUAAUCUAAAUACUUGCGACGUUGACGGAAAAAUCUACAAAGAAGGUGAAACCUUUGAACCGGAAAACACUCAUAAAUCUUGUCUAUGCACUUCGGGAUGGAACGGGACUCUAGAUAGUUCCAUCUGCAGCGAUAUCAACUGCGGAGUGGAAAUUCAUUACCAAGAUAGAAUUUAUCGAAAAUGUGCCCCUGUUUUUUCUGGUGAUAUGAAAGGCUGCCCCAUUGAUUUUGAAUGUCCGUCAUCAUCAUCCAAGGUUUUCAAAGGUUUAAACGUCCGUGGUGUUAAUGAGGUGUGCACAUUCGGCAACAUGACGCUCGGGGUUGGAGACGAGGUGACCAUCGAUGAUAACUGUACCAAGUGUUCAUGCACGGUGCCGCCUUUCGUCACCUGUGCUCUGAAACUUGGCUGCAGGGGUUAAGAAAGAGAUUUUAAUUUCUAUUUUUAUUCUUUAGCAUAGUAUGAUUAGUUUAAUUACGCAUAAUAUUAUUUAAGUGUAGAUUUUAUAUUGUAUAAUUACAUAUAUAAGUAUUAUUUUA